UCCAGAAACAGAAUUUUGAACUCUAUCCCCUGAAUUCGUAAGCAUUACAUAUAAACUUCCCUUAAUUCGUAAGCAUUACAAUGGCUGCCAUGCAUAUUUCCCCCUUCCUUCCACUUCCCUCCAGAUUCUGUUCCUUCACCCGCUGCUUCUUCAACUUCCAUUCAACUCUAUCCAUUUCUCCCCGUCUUUCCCUUUUAACUCUUCGAUCUUCUUCUGCUCCCCCCAUGGAAACUAGCACUAAUGUUCAACCAUCGGACUCUGUUAUGAUUGAUAACGAUAACGAAGACAAUAAGAUUAAGAAUAUCUUAGCUUGUUCCAUAUGUCAUGGCCCAUUGACAGCAGCAGCUGGUUCGGGCCUUCCAGUGGAGUCCACCAAUGGAUAUCAAUUGGAAUGUGGCACAUGUAAAAAGUCUUUCACUGGCAGUGAAUCUCAUUUGGACUUGACGAUAACCGGUGGAACUGACAGUGGUGAAUCCAUGCCUGCUGCCACUGAGAUUUUUAGGACUAGAUUGGUGUCUUUUCUUUAUGAGAGGGGCUGGCGUCAAAGUUUUUCAGUAUUGCUUGGUUUUCCUGGCCCAGAAAAGGAGUUCGAGUUGAUAAAGAAUUUCAUAACACCAGUCUUAGGUGGAAGCAUAAUUGAUGCAAGUUGUGGAAGUGGAAUGUUUUCAAGAAUCUUUGCCAAGAGUGGGUUAUUUUCCUCUGUCGUUGCUUUGGAUUACUCAGAGAACAUGUUGAGGCAGUGCUAUGAAUUCAUCAAACAAGAGGAAAACUUCCCCAACGAGCGCUUGGUUCUGAUCAGAGCUGAUAUUGCUCGACUUCCAUUUGCUUCAAGUUCUGUUGAUGCAGUGCAUGCUGGUGCUGCUUUACACUGCUGGCCUUCACCAUCAGCUGCAGUGGCUGAAAUAAGUAGAAUUUUGAGACCUGGAGGUGUAUUUGUUGCCAGUACUUUCAUAAUGGAUGGACCGUAUUCUUUUGUGCCAUUUUUGAGGAUUCAAAUAGAGGGUAUUCAGCAGAUAUCAGGGAGCCGCAUCUUCCUAUCUGAACGUGAAUUAGAAGAACUUUGCACAGCCUGUGGUCUAGUUGACUUUAAAUGUUUAAGAAAUAGGCAAUUUGUAAUGUUGUCCGCUACAAAAUGCAGCUAAACAUUUGGGUUUUCUCUAAUGGUUUCCAAUCCUUACCCUUCAUUAUUAUACCUUUAUAACAACAUUUCAAAUGUUAGGUGUUUUAUAUGUUUGUUGGUGUUGGUUGUCUACACAUCUGUUUGCAAUGUAAUUCAAUAAAAUUCGAGGCAAAUUAUUCGAUAAUAGAAUUCUUUUUUUUUUU